AAACUGGAGAGGUGGAGGGAGAAGCACUUGGGGGUGGAGGGAGCAACGCCCUUGUCCAAUACAUACAGAGAGGGGUUUUUUUUUGGGGGCAGCUAGGGGAAGGCUAGAGAAAACAAAAAAAAUAGGAAGAAGUUUUGGAAACAGAGGGAGAGAGAGAGAGAACGGGGGAAAUAAACCAAGAGAAAUCUGGAGAGGGGUUGAACGCAAGCUAGAGGGAAGGGUGAGAAGAAAGGAGGAAGACACAGAAAACAAACCAAAAAGAAGGAGUCUGGAACAGAAGGGGAGAAUUAGAGAAAACUUCAAAGAGAAAAUAGUUAAGAGGAAGAACUAAAGAUUUUAUUUUUUUGGUCAGAGGAAAGUUGAAGAUCCAAUUACUUGUUUAUUGUGAAAAUUGGGCCAGUGUAAGAUUUCCAAAACAGAAACCCCAUACCAUUAAACACUGAAACUGAAACCAUUCUCUGCACAAAUCAAGAGUGAAGCUAACAAUAAAUGAAGCCUGUUUCUCAAAAAUGGGGUUACAUUCGAAUCAUGGCCGGUACAAUCCUUGGAGGCAUCCUCGGAUUCUACGUUAUGCACCGUGUUGAAUCUAACUACAAGGAGAGAAUGAAUGAGAGGCUGAGAAACUACGAGGCUGAAUUAAGGAGGAAAAAGGACGAGAGAUUGAACGAUUUAGAGGAAUCCUCCAAGUUUUGAAAAAUCGUGGUUCUGUUUUCUUAAUUUUUUAUUUUCUCUUUUUCUUUCUACGUUUGAUUUAUGAGAAAAAUUAGAAAAAUUGCUUCUAUGUAUACUAACGAGGUGUAGUUUGCUCAUUUACACAUCCUUUUAAAAUUAGAUACCAUUAAACACUAAUAUACUUUCAUUUUGUCUUUGAUCAUUUUAAGUAGUUACAUUGAUUAAAUCUGGUGGUACUCAACUCCUACUAUCUGAACUUUAUGACAUGUGACAUCAAUUUGGAGU